UUUUUAUAUUUGACAACCAGUUCAUUUCUGACUGUCAAUUAAUCAGUUUCUUUCCUGUAAUUCAACAAGAAAACAGGUUCAAAAAAGGGGAUCUUUUGAUCAUUACAAUGGCUUUAGCUACAAUUUUACGUAACGCAGCCAGACCAUUAGUUGCUAAUUCGUUCAAAUUUUCGCCUGUAAUACGUAAUGCACCGUUUAUUCGACAUUCAGCGAACGUUUCAAUGUUUCAAAACCAAGGUACAUAUUUAGGACUGACUGGUUUAAAUCAAAUUCAGCCAAAAAUUCAACAAACCCAGGUACGACAAGCUCAUAUGGAUCAUGGUUUAUUAUGGACUGUUGAAAGGGCUUGGGCGGUAGGUCUUCUUGCUAUUGUUCCAUUAACUAUUAUAACGCAAAGUACCAUUAUGGAUGAUAUAUUUGCUAUUACUACGAUUAUUCAUAAUCAUUGGGGUCUUGAAGCGAUAGUAAUAGAUUAUGUCCGACCUGUAAUAUUCGGUGAAACCAUUCCAAAAAUUGCAUUGAUGAUUUGUUACGCUUUCUCUGCCAUUAUUUUGGGUGGAUUACUUUAUUUCAAUCAUAAUGAUAUUGGAAUUGGAAAGGCUAUUGCUAAUUUUUGGAAUAUAAGAUCAUUGCCACCUUCCUCCGGGGGAGCCCAAGAAAAAAGGUCAGAUAGCACUGAAAGUAAUAAAUGUUGAAAAUUUUUGAAAAAAAAAGCUAAUACAAUUGAAAAAUAAAUUUAUAAUCUUGAGGCCAUGGAUUAUUCUUCUUAACUUAAUUCUUUAAAGUAUUGUGAAACAGGAUUAAAUAACUUUUCAGGUCUAUUUUCAUCUGGAGAUAUGUAAAUUAUUUAAUUUUAUUUAAAAUUAUUUUUGUUUCUAUUGAAUGAGUGUUAAUAAAAGAUUCUAAAAAUA